UCAUUGCGAACCCUGACAGGUGACGUCAUCAUUUUUAGGGAAAAUGAAAUACCAUUUCAGACACUCUCUUCACUUCCUUAUGGCAUAGUAGCCUAUUUGAUCUUUAUAUCCUGGUUGCUUCGCUAUCCCUUCAGUUGGUUUCUGUAUAAAUUCAAUGCCUGCACCCAUCCCGAUAUCACAUCUGUAGCCAAGGCUCGGGGGUCCGUCAUCUGCAACAGAAGCAUCGCAUUGUAACGUGCAUCCGUCAUCAUGGCAUCGAAAUCCAAAGCGGAUAGACAUGAUAGAGAUGACACGGACAGGCUCUCCAAAAGAAAAUGCCAAGGGAUAACAUGGUCAUGCGAUGUACAUGGGGAGCCAGUAAAAUUUUACUCCACAGAAUCCGAAAUCGCUCUCUGCAAUUCGUGCGCUAGUAGUACCGAAAUGUUCAAUAAUCAGAAUGAAGAUCAGCUCAGAAACAUCGAGGAAGUCAUCAUAGUUCGGAGGAAACGAUUGAAUGACAAACUGCAAAAGACGGAGGAGUUGGAGAGAGAACUAAUGGCGGUCGAGGCUGAAAUCAAGUCCACUGAAAUUUCUGCAAAGAAGCAUCUUCAGACAGUCAGCGACCGUCUAACCGCGUCGUUCGCAGAGUCGAGAAAGGUGCUUGAAAAAGCAAAGAAUGCUGCGAUAAAACUGUUAAAAGAAAGGAUGAAAUGGAGGAAGGAGACUGACGAGAAGGUGGGAGAAGAAAUCAAGACCAGGAAUGCUCAGAUGGAACAGGAGCAUAGAGUCAGCGAGCAGAGAGAAUCAAACGUUCUUUCUGAGCUGCAGAAUAUCGGCGAGAUCGUUUGUAAAAAUAUCAAAGAUCUUACAUACAAGACUCAACAUGCACGGCACACUGCGAAGAACAUGGCGUCAACCAUCACACGUAUAAUCCAUCAGGAUAAAUCAUUGGUGAUUGAAGCACCUGGUGUGAUUGCAUCCAUUGAUGAAAAUCAAUGUGUGGAUGACCAUCGUGAUGUUACGGAACGUCUAGGUCGGUUACAACGUGAGGUUGAUAAGGUGGAUUUCUUUGUUGGAACGGCAGGCGGGAGAGAGUAUGCAAGAAUCGAUGGCUAUGUGGGCGAAUGGGAACUUGUUAGGACUAUCACACUGCCAUCUACUCUUGAUGAUCCACUGCUGUGUGGAGGCGAUGAUGAUAAGAUAUGCGUACACGAGCGCUACACUGGCUACUGUGAUGACGAGUCUAUCACCACGUACGUCACAAACAUAAACACCGGAAAAAUAGAGAAAAUUAUCGAAGAUAACUGCAAGGAAAUUGUAUCAUGCGCUGCUUUAGGCAACGAUCUCAUAGUAUGUGGUAAUUACAGAUGGGGCGAUGAAAUCAUGUAUAAAAAGGACAUGAUUACGAUGCUAGGUGGGCUCAUAACAAUUUAUGACAAGCAAUGGAAUAAGAUAAGAGAUAUCAGCAUCCCUAACUGUGACAAUGACUUCCCCGGGGACCCUUGGAACGAAGUGGUACUGGAUGUUGACCGGAAUGGCAUGAUCAUCGCUGCUCAGUAUAAUCAGCCAAAGGUCUACUUCAUCAACCCCCACGACGGAGGCAUCGAAAAUACUUUUGCAUUUGACUGGAGUAAAGGUGUUUUAGGUAUAGACGCCUUGUCAUCAGGUAACAUCGCUGUGCGCACCGGCUCAGAUAAAGUAACUAUCAUCUCAGAAAAAGGACAAGAGGUGUUUGCUUUUCCCCGGGAUCAUUCCGGAUGGUUCAUCCCAGCAUUUUGCGCCUUUGACAAGAUUACAGAAAUAGCUUACUUCGGGCCCGACGGACUUUCGGAACCGUCUGCCGAGGUCGGCGAUGGCGAGGGGCCACGGGAUGCCAUCAUCCAGGGUAAGAUGCUCGAUAAAUCCGGAAAAUAUAGUGACAUCCAGCUCCCGAGGGGGUGGCGACUUGUGACCCCUUCUGGUAACCUGAUAAGCUGUGAUGGAGACAAACUCGUGGUGUAUAAAAAGAAAUUUACCGUCUAAAUCAUUUCAACAGAAUUAACUUUUACUGGUGAUGAACCUAAAUUGCAUUUCGGCUGGUUUAUGUGCUUGAUGUUGAAAAAAAACGACGUAGUAAUUAUUUAUUUAAAUAUUUAAUCCAAAAUGCUCUUUUAUCUUAAUUGCUUUCAAAUAAA